AUGAAGGACAGCACAGCAGAGACAACUGGAGUGGAGGAGGGGGAGUCACAGACAUUGGGACAAGAACAUGACUUGAAGAUGGACUGUCCUCAGGCUGAGUUAGAAGAAAAGGACUGUCCUCCACCAGAGGAAUUAGAGUGUAAAAUCUGUUACCAGCGCUACAAUGCCCACAACCGCAAGCCUAAGAUCCUGGACUGCCUGCACCGGGUCUGUGCCCGGUGCCUCAUUAAGAUCCUGGACAUUGCUGAUGGUGCAGGCAGCAUCUCUUGCCCCUUUUGUCGACACCAAACCGAGAUCACAGAGUACGAGGUGUCAGCCCUGCCUGAUGAUGCUAACAUCAUGUCCCAUUUGGCAAUGCGGGACAAAUCCUGGAGCUCUGACCACAACAGGGAGGUGGUCCUGACUCCGAAGAGUUUGUCCUCCAGCCCGUCUCAUGACUCCUCCAACUGCCUGGUCAUCACCAUUAUGGAAGUGCAGAGGGACUCACAGCACUCCCCGAGCCGCAAUGGCAGCUCUGACAUAUAUGCUGAGCAGAGCCUGGACUCAGUGUCGCUGGGCUCCAAUGGGCCUGCUGAUCAGGAUGCCCUGUCCAAGUUCUGUAAUCAUGUCCCACGUAUCCUGGUCUGGCUGCUGGGUUUCUUAUAUUUUGGCUCACUGCCUCUGGGAAUUUACUUGUUGGUCAUUCAGAGAGUGACUCUUGGUAUUGUAUGUGUUAGUUUGGUGCCAUCAAGCCUGACAGUUUGCCUGGUCUAUGGAUUCUGUCAGUGUCUGUGCCAGGGCAUGUGUGACUGCUCCAAUAGGGGCUAG